UACCCGACAUUGAUGAUAACCACGACUUACAAUAAUAAGUGUAAAUACAUUAAGUACAAUAUAUUUAAUAAUAUAAGGAACCGUGUGAUAUUCGAAAAAUGAUUUGUUGGCUACCAACAUUAUAAAUACCGAUGUUUAUUUAACGUAUCUUUUGUAUGUUCGUGUGACGGGUAUGUUGCGUGUAUGAAUACAACACUGAAGUAUUUAUCUUCUAUAUAUAUACUCUGUUGAAUGUGUGGUGUUUAUGUAUAACAUAAUAACGAAAUCCGGUGAUAGAACUCGACCUUUGUGAACGCCUGUCCAAGAGAUACGUCUGGCCUACGAGGGAGGUCGUCCGUAGACCUGACCCGAUUUUGAGGACGGUUGUUUUUUUACGCACAUACCUACAUAAAGGUAUUAUAGGUACGCAUCUUACAGCUCGUGAAGAAUAUCGAUUUUCACUUUCAAUGGACUAAACACUGCAGUCUAUUAUAUCCAAACAAAAUCUUCCUUUUCAAAAUUCUAUUCACUUCCGAGUAUCCUGCGAGUACUCGUACAUGUUUUAUCCAUUAUACAAUAUUAAUACGAUGAGUAACGAAACAUAUUUAACGUUUCCGCAGUCUACCUAUUCUUAAAAUGGCAACCGAAAAAAAAAAAAAAAUCCGAAAUGACCUUUUUCCCGAACAGACGGGGUAUUAUUAUUAUUAUUAUAUAUUAUUGUCGUUAGUCGUGUCCGUGACGUUAAACGUUUCCAAAUCUGUGCGCGAUCAGAGUGUCUGUCUCUGCAAAUAAAAUAUAUCUUGUACGCACUGUAGUAUUUUUUUUCUUCACAAUAUCGCAGAAAUCGGUACGACUCGAUUCGGUCGUAUAUUAUAUUAUUCAGUGAGUGCCGAUUCCGCCGCCGAACGAACGGACGAAACUUUGAAUCACGGUCUCGAAAUAUACAAUAAUAUUAUGUAGGUUAGCCCAUAUCCGUUCCUGAAAACGGUUAAAAAUAAUGAUAGAUUAUCAUAGGACGAUAAUUUCGCAACCGAUUGCGUCUUAUCGACCGCAGUAUUCCGCUUUCGUCGAAGGCGUCUGAUAAGCGCGUUCGUACGCCGUAAUAUUAUUAUACACACGUAGUCGUCGUAUCAACAUUCUACCUACUUACACAUCUCAAUGCAAUAAAUCGAUCGCCGUAAACGGCUAUUUCAAUACGAUGAGCGACCACGGCCAAAUGAUGUAUGAUACUGACUCUGAGUGCGGCAACGCCGCACCACUGACCCUGCACUACGGCAACCACCAUGUUUACCUGAUGGCGGAAAUCCAACAGGCUGGCGACGAGCACUCAGACAUGGAGCUGAUGUGUGAGCAGGGCGCCACCAUCAGGGCCCACUCGCUGGUGCUGGCUUCCGUCAGUCCACUUGUUCGGCGACUGCUCAAGGAGGACAACGUGUGCAUGUACCACAACCUGGUGCUCCAGUUCCCGGAGAUCAAGGAGUCGCACAUGAAAACGGUGCUGGACUUCAUUUACACCGGGCAAGCCAGCGUGUUGGAGAACGAAUUUGACGAGGUAGUUAGCUUGUUGAACUUGUUGGAGAUUCGGUCAGACACGUGGCAACGGGCUAUGUACGAGUCGGCGUCGUCAUCGUCGCCACCGCCACCCGGUCAACCACCGUCAGCUGCGUCAUCAGACGUGUCUGUAAGGACGGAUCCAGAAAACCUGUCACCAGCGUCACGGUGUGAAGUACACCCCAAAAAGCGGCGAAGACGGUCGUCUGUGCCCGUAAAUUUGUCAAUCGAUACGAAAAACGACGAGGAUACAGCUGUCACCCAAUCUAACUGGCGGGUAUCUAAAUUCGAGGAGAGCCAUCGGAAGUUGAGGAGGCGAAGCAGUUCGCCGUUCGACGACUAUGCGCAUCACCAAGAACGCGAAUACCACCACAACGGUUUCCAACCAUUCCCAAAACGUGAACCGCAUUGGGUGGAAACCGAAUACCGGAGUUCACAGCUUCAGUACAGUUGUGAGGUAAACUUACCGUACAUGGACCCGGCGGAACCAAACUUGGAUCCUGAGAUCGAAGAGACGAAUGAUUCGGACAGUAAGGACGCGAGGCUGAAUCCCGCCGACUAUGUGGUGACCCCGAGGAAGCGAAAGAAACAGCCCGGGUUCCAGAACUCUCCAGCCCAGAACCCGCCGUUCGUGCCCAUGUACUUCCACGAGAUGGCGUUCAGGCACCAGAAGAUCACGCAGUCGCUCAGCUCCUUCGUGCAUCACCCAUUCGGGUCCUCGCCACAGCCACCGCUGACCCAGCCACGGGCCACGGACGACGGCGGCCGGGACACGCCACCGCACAGGACGCCCAUCUACAUGGGCCGGUCCAGAUCUCAGGACUCCGGUGUGUACAGACCGCCACCGCCGCCGCUCCAGCUGCAGCCGCCACCGCCACCGCCAUCGGACAACGACUGCAGUCCGCCUCCACCGUCGUCCGGACAAUUAACGCAGUCGUCGUCGUUCGGCGGUUUCUCUGAAAACGGGUCACCCUGGAAGCCAUCGUCUGACGUGAAACCGACGAUGACACUGUCGUCGGAACCGGCGGCGGAAGUGCAGCACCAGCACCAGACGCACCAGCACAACUCGCCGGCGUCAGCGGCCGGACCGGCGUCCGCGGCGUCGUCGUCCGACACGGAGGACAAGUCGUCGGGAGGCUGCGCGGGCGGCGCGGGCCGCGAGUACAAGUGCACGUACUGCGGCAAGCAGUUCGGCAUGAGCUGGAACCUGAAAACGCAUCUCCGCGUGCACACGGGCGAGAAGCCGUUCGCGUGCCGCCUGUGCGUGGCCAUGUUCAAGCAGAAGGCGCACCUGCUCAAGCACUUGUGCUCGGUGCACAGGAACGUCAUAUCGCCCGGCACCAGCGCCGCCGACCAGGAGACGGCCGCCGCGUUCAACUGCUGCUUCUGUCAGAUGACGUUCGACACGCUCCAGCAGCUGGUCCGCCACUUUUCCGGGCCGCACAACAACCUGCUGCUCACCAAGAACCUGAACGCCUGACGGACGCCGCCGACCGAACGCUUUUCUCUCGGGGCGGCCCCCGUUUCCCGUCUCGCGGAUUUUUCUGAUAAUAUUAUAACGACGACGACGACGACAACAAUAUUAUUGCGUUGUUAUCAUAUAUGUGAUACAAAUUUUCAGCGGACAAGACGCGUACCUCUUUAUUAUACAGUUUUUUUUUUUUUUUUUUUACAAUUAUUAUCAUUAUUAUUAUUAUGUGUACAAAAUUUGUUUUGUAAAAAAAAACCGUUUUUCGUAAUUAUUUUCACCAGCUGUUAUCGUAUUAUUAUUAUUAUUAUUAUUAUUAUUAUCAUCGUCACUGUUCUCGUCGUUGUUAUAUUGUUAAUUUUUAACGCGUGAAAAUAUUAUAUUCGGCCGGAUAUAGCGAUUUUAAUCCGGACCCGACCUGUUCUGUACUUUGGGCGUUACACCGCCCUGUACUUUUACCGUUGUCCAUCAUCAUUCAUUCGCAGGCGCGUAUUAUACACUCCGACGUGUCUCUCGUAGACCUUUUUUUUUUUUUAUAUGAAAUAUGAUAUCUUAAUUCAGUGCAAUGUGUCACGCUCCCAUCGCCGGCGGAGUCGGAAUAAAAAACUUCAAAAAAUCCGUGACAUCGUCCGAAAAGUGUUCAUCACGAUAUAAUUUAUUGCCAACGUUUUCUGAUUGUAUAAUUAUUAUUGUAUAUUAUACUUCCUACGUGUUCACUAAUAUUUAUAUAGAUUUAAGUGGCAAACUCCAAAUCACGUAUACUCGUCGUUGGGUGUAGGUACUUACGCAUUCCAGUCGCCAACAGAGUUCGAGAAAAAAAAUAAAAUCAACGACAACGACAGCAACGACGACGACGAUAUCGUUUUGCCGAUGUGUGUAACGCGCACGACUAAAUACUAUAUGUAUAGAUACUUAAUUCGUAGGGAAAAUUAAGAUCUCUAGAAAUGAAUAAUAUGAGCGGUUAUAUAUAUAUACGUUUAAGUUAAAGUAGAAUUACUAUAUAAUAUUAUGAUAAACUACGUCCUAAAUCGAUCGUUACCUUUAUGUUUAUAAAACAAAAUAAUUAUUUAAUGAUAAUAUUAAUAAUAGUGUAACAAUUUUAACAAAAAUAUUAUAAUAUUAUAAAAUAUAAUACCGACCUAUGUAUUGAUGUUUGCGCGCAAAUGCGUGUACACACUGCAAAGAUUUGACGAUUUUUCUAUGCGUUCAAUCUGUUGUCGAAUCUCUGCAGCGACGCACCGUACAACUUAUUCCCGGACCGUUCAUUCGACCCAGUGCGACCCUCCACUAUACUCCAACAAUCGCGUAUAACGACAUCCGCGUGAUAUCCGCAAAAAUAUGUUCACGACAUGCAUCCCCAAACGGACGCUUUCGGACUCGGCCGCGAGCGAGAUAAUGUUUUGUUGGUCGUACACGAUCUCGGUGCAGGUGUCGACUGCGCGAAAUCGAAUUAGAUACUUAUUUAAUUUUAGACGCAUAAUAAUAAUCGCCUAUAAAACUUGUACAUAGUAAUUUUAUGUAAUAUAUAAUAAUAUUAUACAUCAUAAAAUGCAUAAUAUUUUUUCGCGUAUAAUAUUAUGAAUUUUAUGAAUGAAAAAAAAAAAACAAUGUGUACAUAAUUUAUAGUAUUGUUACGGUAAUAAUAGUGAAUAGCAAUUAUAAUAUUAUGUAUUGUAAUGCGCAUUACACGAUGUAUAAAUUAAAACGCGUAUUAAUAUUAUAAUAUAUAUAUAUAUAUAUAGUGACGCGUGAUCGAAACUAGUCAUAAUUUAUUCACUAAGAUGUGUACGAAAUGUAAAAAGAUAAAAAAGAUAUUGCUUGUAAAUAUGUACUACCCUUAAACAACACCAACCGUGUUUGUAAAUAUUAAAUAUAAUGAAUAAACGGUUUACUAAAACUUUUAA